GGGAAAGGCAGAGAGGGUCAGGAAAAGGGCUGUUGGUGUGGACAGUGAAAGGGCUCGGCAGAGCCCCUUAGUCAGUAGGGCCUUGUAAUCGCUUGGAAAGUAGCAACAAUGGGGCAUGCGUGCCUGAGAAAAUCCCCAUCUGCGAGACGUCUGUGGCUGAGAUAAGGCCCGCUGAUGCAAUGAGUGCUUUUAUGUGGCUAAGAGAAGGAGAGGACAGUAGAAAGAAGGGAAAGGGGUGAAGGGAGGGGACAAGAUGUGGGGUGGUAAGCUGUGAGCAAAGCUGGAAUGCCAUUGUCAGAGCUCGCCGCUCUGUGUUGCAUAGGGGGACAGCUGCCUCUGAGGCCUGCUAGCUCAUGUGAGACAGGCAAGCCAGCUCACCGUAAAUUUUUUUCCCCCCAUCUCCCUAUAGACAGACAGACAGACAGGUGGUGCCUGAACUCAGCCAGCUGGAGUCGAGGGAAGGAACUAGGAGGAAUUCGGGGAGUGGCAUUUUAAAGCUUCCUCUUUCCUCUCCUUAAUCUCAAAGAAAAGGGGCCUAGCUAUAUUUGUCAAGGCGCUGUUCAGAGCUGAAAGACAGAGUGGGAGGCUUUAGCCCUUGGAGCUAGAUGACGCGCAGGCCUGAUAGUUUACCCCAUCCCAGGUCGGACUGAGAAGGCAGUUGUGGCUUAAAAAAAAAAAGUAAAGUAAAGUAGAGAUUGCAAACCCUGCUGGUGGAUCAGUGGAUUCAAAGCUGUGGGGAGGCUGAAGAAUUGCACAGCCACGGGGCUGUGACGCAUAAAGAGUUGAUGGUAAUUGAACAGGUCAUUGCUUUUCAUGACACAGACACGAUGACACAGACUUUGUCAGACAUCAACCUUCAGUAGAAUCUAGAUGAAGUGGACGGAGAGCUUUCAUUCAAGGGGCACAGUGCAGACUCAAGGUUAUGAGAGGAGGCUGCAUCACAGAUGUGGAUGGUGAAAACAAGAGCAGCAUCUGAAAUGAAGUGAAAACUAUGAGGAACCAUUGGCUAAUGACAUGCUCUCUACAAUGCUGAGACAAAAGGUUAAGUGGUCCCCGUGCCCCCUUUGAAUGUCCGUCACUAUGGCUAAGCGCGAGACCGGCAACACCAGCCCUGUGGUCAGGCAGAUAGACAAGCAGUUCCUGGUCUGCAGCAUCUGUUUGGACCAUUAUCACAACCCCAAGGUCCUGCCCUGCCUGCACACCUUCUGUGAGAAAUGUCUACAGAACUACAUCCCUCCCCAGUCUUUGACGCUGUCCUGCCCAGUAUGCCGACAGACUUCUAUCUUGCCAGAGAAGGGUGUGGCAGCCCUGCAGAACAAUUUUUUCAUCACAAACCUAAUGGAGGUGCUACAGCGAGACCCAGAGUGCAGCCGACCUGAGGCCGGCAAUGUCCUUGAGUCGGCCAGUGCAGCUACAGCCUGUCAGCCCCUCUCUUGCCCCAACCAUGAGGGCAAGGUGAUGGAGUUCUACUGCGAGUCAUGUGAAACAGCCAUGUGUCUGGAGUGUACAGAGGGAGAACACAGGGAGCACGUGACGGUUCCUCUGAGGGAUGUGCUCGAACAGCACAAGUCGGCGCUUAAAAAUCAGCUGGACACCGUGCGCAACAGACUACCUCAGUUGACUGCUGCCAUUGAGCUUGUGAAUGAAAUCUCCAAGCAGCUUACGGAGCGGAAAAAUGAGGCAGUGACUGAAAUCAGUAACACUUUUGACGAGCUGGAGAAGGCCUUACACCAGCGCAAAACUGCUCUCAUUACUGAGGUGGAAAACAUCUGCAGUACUAAGCAGAAGGUGCUUCAAGCGCAGCUGACCUCUUUGCUUCAGGGCAAGGAAAACAUUCAAAGCAGCUGCAACUUCACGGAGCAGGCCCUGAGCCAUGGCAGCGCCACUGAGGUCCUGUUGGUCAGGAAGCAAAUGGGUGAGCGGGUCAGUGCGCUGGCGCGACACAGCUUUCCUGAGCAUCCUCACGAAAACGGACAUCUGGAGUGCCAGGUAGAGACGGAUGGACUGAGGCGCUCCAUCCAGAACCUGGGAGUCCUGAUCACAACAGGGGCCGUGGGCCACACUAGCGUCGCCACCGGCGAAGGCCUGCGGCAUGCGCUGGUCGGCCAGCACACCACCGUCACGGUCACUACUAAAGAUAAGGAUGGAGAACUGGUGAAGACCGGUAAUGCCGCCCUAAGGGCAGAGAUCGUCUCUGCAGAUGGAGUGUGCACCGAAGCUGAGGUGGUGGACAACAAAAACGGCACCUAUGAGGUUGGAUAUAUCAUCCGCUCGGAGGGAGAAUACACCUACUCUUUGCUGCUCUAUGAACAGCCUGUGAGGGGGAGUCCGUUCCGUUUGCGUGCCGUCAAGCCGUCAGAUGUCCUGCAGUCACCAGACGAUGUGAAGAGAAGAGUGAAGUCCCCCAGCGGAGGAGGAGGUCACGUUCGACAGAAGGCUGUGCGCAGGCCCUCCAGCAUGUACAGCACCACCAAGAAAAAGGAAAACCCGAUAGAGGAUGAGCUGAUCUACAGAGUGGGAACAAGAGGGCGAGAUAAAGGAGAAUUCACUAACCUACAAGGCAUCUCGACCUCCAGUAACGGACGGAUUGUGGUGGCAGACAGCAACAACCAGUGCAUACAGGUAUUCUCAAAUGAUGGCCAGUUUAAGAUGAGGUUUGGCGUCAGAGGGCGUUCACCAGGGCAGCUGCAGCGCCCCACAGGGGUCACAGUGGACAUGAAUGGGGACAUCAUCGUAGCUGACUACGACAACAGAUGGAUUAGCAUCUUCUCUUCGGACGGCAAGUUCAAGAACAAAAUUGGUGCUGGGAGACUGAUGGGACCGAAAGGCGUGGCCGUGGAUAAGAAUGGACAUAUCAUCACUGUGGACAAUAAGGCCUGCUGUGUCUUCAUCUUCCAAUCAAAUGGGAAGCUGGUGACCAAGUUCGGGGCCAGAGGAACAUCAGACAGACACUUUGCAGAAAAAAGUGGUGCAAACAUUGCACUGGAACAAAAGCUUAGUAAAUCUGGCCCUGUUUUCAGUCCUCACUUUGUGGCCGUAAAUAACAAAAAUGAAAUAGUGGUAACAGACUUCCAUAACCAUUCAGUCAAGGUGUACAAUGCAGAUGGGGAGUUCCUGUUUAAGUUCGGCUCCCAUGGAGAGGGGAACGGACAGUUCAAUGCCCCGACGGGCGUGGCUGUAGAUGCCAACGGAAAUAUUAUUGUUGCUGAUUGGGGUAACAGUCGGAUCCAGGUGUUCGACAGCUCAGGGUCCUUCCUGUCCUACAUCAACACAUCAGCCGACCCCCUUUAUGGCCCCCAGGGCCUGGCCCUCACAUCUGACGGUCAUGUGGCGGUGGCAGACUCUGGAAACCACUGCUUCAAGGUCUACCGCUACCUGCAGUAGAGACCCGAGGCGGCCAUCUUCACCACUGUAAGCACUGACAACGACAGAACCAAUGUAUUCAACGGGGUGCAGUGACCUUUCCAGUACAGCCUUUUGAUGUGCACAUCAGCUGAUCUCCCGGAUAUAAUGAAGUGUCUGAACCUGAGUUUACUCGUUAUGAUGUGUAUUGAAGGUUGAUUUUAAAGUUGGGUGAUGUAGCGUCCAUCGGACAAGUAAUGGACAGAAAGCUAUAGACUGGUUUUAGAGAAGGUGCAAAAGCAUUUUUGUGUGUUGUACACUGUUGAUGGUAUUAUUACGCCACACUUUCUGUGAGACCGGACAGGGUAGGUAAUAGAUUGAAGUAUUUAAUGAGCCAUAAUUUGUCCAAAUGCAUGAAGUUUUAUUUUAUCUUAAUGCCUAGGCAACAACGCAGUGUACCCAUAAGUUGCUUUUCUCAUGAACUAGUUAACGCUUACAGUGAAAUGAACAGCACUCCGCUUCUUCUAGCAAUGAAAUGUCAAAUUUCUCAUUUUCCGACAUCUCACAGAAAAGUGUCACCACCAUCUGUGCAUUGAUUUGCUGUAUGUACUGUAUAUACAUAAAUGUAUAUUGUGUAUAUUUGAUCACUCAGUAUGUUUUGUGCUUUGAUUUUUGAAACACACAGCCUUUUGGCUAUUCACAGAGCAGCAGUCAAAGAUUCCAGGAUUUUAAACGUGUGUAUGGCAGCUGUUUAAAAAGUGUGCUUUUGAAACAUACCCAGCACAUGCUUAAAAGAAGACGUGUGUCAUAUUUAUUGCUAAUGUAAGCAGCACAAUAAUCAUUUUUGUUAAUAUCUGUUGUUUUAAAGGGAAAAAAAAAAUGGAAAAAAUGCUAAUUUAUUUUAUUUUAUACACUAGUCCAGCAUUUACAAAUUAUUUUUCUAAAUUGAUGGGUUUUUUUUUUCGUUUUUUUCUCUUUGGAGCUUCACACUUUAUCCCGCUCCCUUGAAGGGAAAUUCCACCUUAAAGCAGAAUUCAAUAUCCCCCUACAUCCGGAAAAAUUUAGAUCAGUGUUCGUGCACAUGAGCAGGUCUUUUCCAAAGCUGCAAACCCAUCUUUAUUUUCAUUUGGGAUGUGAUCAAGAGAAGGAAGUUUUCUAAGUUUCUCUGUUGAGGAUGCUUGGCUAAAGAUUUGGGUUCAUGGAAUGAUCGUUUUGCCUUUAACAAUUAAAGAGCUUUAUUCAUUGAAGUGCUAACAGAUCCAAACCAGAAGUAAUACACACAUCUCAGGAAAUCCAUCCAAAUUAGAUCGCCAUAUCAUUGGAACAACUUUAAAUACUUGAUGGCAUCAUAGAUUUUGAGUGAGACAUUGGGAGCUUUGUGGGAAAACUGUUAUUCAUGCAUGUGUUGUCUGGAUCCAAGAUCACAAAAAUGAUUGGGAUGGAAUAUGAAUUCUGUUUUACCAUUUUUGUUUGUUUGUUCUGCCUGUUUGGCUUGUUUUGCUUUCACAUAGGAAACAGUUACAAAAGUAUUAAAUUAUAAUUUAUUAGAUAACCUUUGCCAGCAAAUUCAUCCACGCUUCGCGUUAGAAUAAACUCGCCUACGAUUCUGCCUGCACCACAUCAACAUAAUGACUCCCUUGGAAAAAACUGUACCAGUAGAGCUGUUCCUGCUCUUGCUCCCCCCAGUGUUCAUUCUGUGUAAUGUCAUAAGAAAGCCUAGUGCCAGGGCAGAAGAGAGAGACCUGGUGCAGUAAGAAGGCAGCUUCCUGGUCUGAUGAACGUAAUCGCCCGCAGCACUGUGCUCAACACCCAAACGCCAACAGUCAUCCUCCCCGGAUUCUCUGAGCUACAGGAUAUGACCUGUUUUAACCAGUUACGUCAACCGGGAAGCUGCUGUUUUUUUCUAGCACCUGAUCUGCUGUUUGACUUGUUGCCAAACAGGAGCCCAGACAUCAAGAGUCAAAGGUCAACCUUUCUGAGAUGUGUCUGAAGCAUUUUACCCUACGCUGUUUGUGUCACGCCAAUACAAACAGUUUUGUUUUCUCUAUGAAUAUGCACUGGUAUUAAAAGCACAUGGUUUACUGAGUUUUUGUAUAUGUAUGGGACUACUCAUUAUGCUUGACUUGCACUGAGGGGAUCUUGUUUUUUUGUUGUUUUUUUUUAAUGUAAUUUAGGACAAUAAACUUAAUCACCGAAGGGUGGUACUGAGGAAGUGAUGAGCUA